AUGAGAUCAUUGAGAUGCACCAUUCCUACAAACCCAUUUCUCAAAAUUCUCACUUUCUUCAUUCUACAAACGUUACCACUCAUAACACAAACAAAGAUACUAACUUUACCACUCAAAUCACAAGUUAUCUCAUCUGGGUAUCUUCCAAGACCACCAAACAAGCUUCGUUUUCAUCACAAUGUUUCUCUCACUGUCUCAAUUACUGUUGGCACCCCCCCUCAAAACGUGUCAUUAGUAAUCGACACAGGAAGUGAACUUUCAUGGCUUCAUUGCAAUAACAACACCACCACAAACCGGGUUUCACAAAACCCGUUUUUUAACCCGAAUUCUUCCUCUUCCUACAAACCCAUUUCGUGUUCUUCAUCAACCUGCACGACCCGAACCCGAGAUUUUCCUAUACCCGCUUCAUGUGACUCCAACAAUCUCUGCCAUGCUACUCUUUCAUAUGCAGAUUUUUCUUCCUCUGAAGGGAACCUUGCUUCUGAUUCAUUCGGGUUUGGAGGAUCCGAUAACCCGGGAACUGUAUUCGGAUGUAUGAAGUCAAGUGUUAGCACAAACUCUGAUGGAGAUUUUAAUACAACCGGGUUAAUGGGUAUGAAUCUCGGGUCUCUCUCUUUGGUUUCUCAGCUUAAGAUACCUAAAUUCUCGUAUUGUAUAUCGGGUUCUGAUUUAUCGGGUAUUUUACUUCUCGGAGGAUCCAAUUUCUCGUGGGUCGGGUCAUUGAAUUAUACUCCUUUGCUUCGAAUAUCCAUUCCUUUACCCUAUUUUGACCGAGCCGCUUAUACGGUUCGGUUAAUCGGAAUUAAGGUUUCGGAGAAAUUACUUAAUUUAUCAAAUGAUAUGCUCGCUCCAGAUCAUACUGGAGCGGGUCAGACCAUGUUUGAUUUAGGUACUCAAUUUACGUUUUUACUUGGGCCGGUUUAUAGUGUAUUGCGAGAAGAGUUUCUUAAUCAAACAAAUAGUACUUUGCGGGUCUUGGACAACUCAGAUUUUGUGUUUCAAGAAGCAAUGGAUCUUUGUUAUCGUGUUCCGUUAAAUCAAUCGAAGUUACCCGAAUUAUCAAGUGUGAGUUUAGUUUUCGAAGGAUCCGAAAUGAAGGUUUCGGGUGAUCAACUUUUAUAUCGAGUUCCAAAUCGAGUAUUAGGGAAUGAUUCGGUGUAUUGCUUCACAUUCGGGAACUCGGAUCUGCUAGGUGUUGAGUCAUUUAUCAUUGGACAUCAUCAACAACAAAAUAUGUGGAUGGAGUUUGAUCUUGUGCAAUCUAGGGUUGGACUGGCUCAUGUACGAUGUGAUUUGGUGGGUCAAAAAGUGUUGGGUAUGGUGUAG